AUGUUCGGCGUCUCGUUCCGGGACCCAUCCCUGCUUCUCGCCAUUGCUGUCAUUGGGCUGACGGUGCUCAUGUUGGCCUUGAAGAACAACAGUUCAAGAAGAAGAAAGCUUAUUACCUUACAGGACCCUGAAACCAAGUACCCUCUGCCCUUGAUUGAGAAAGAGCAAAUAAGCCACAACACCCGGAGGUUUCGCUUUGGACUGCCCUCGAUGGACCAUGUCUUAGGGCUCCCUGUAGGUAACUAUGUCCACCUCUUGGCCAAAAUUGAUGAUGACUUGGUGAUCAGGGCUUACACCCCUGUCUCCAGUGAUGAUGAUCAAGGCUUUGUGGACUUAAUUAUAAAGAUCUACUUCAAAAAUGUACACCCCAACCAUCCUGAAGGGGGGAAGAUGACUCAAUACUUGGAAAACAUGAAAAUAGGGGACACCAUCCUUUUUCGAGGGCCAACUGGACGCCUGUUCUACCAUGGUCUAGGGAAUCUUUUAGUCAGACCAGACAAAACAAGCGAGCCUGAAAAAAAACUGGUCCAUCACCUGGGAAUGAUCGCUGGGGGCACUGGGAUUACACCCAUGCUGCAGCUCAUACGCCAUAUCACCAGGAACCCCAAGGACGAGACCAGGAUGUCCCUCAUCUUUGCCAACCAGACGGAGGAGGAUAUCUUGGUAAGAAUGGAGCUUGAAGAAACUUCCAGAACUCAUUCAGACAAGUUCAAGCUGUGGUAUACUCUGGACAGGCCUCCCACUGGCUGGACGUACGACUCAGGCUUCAUUACUGCCGACAUGAUCAAGGAGCACCUCCCUCCUCCUGAGGAGUCCACACUUAUCCUGGUGUGUGGCCCACCACCCUUGAUCCAGACAGCAGCUCUCCCUAACCUGGAGAAACUGGGCUAUACCAAGGACAUGAUUUUCACGUACUAA